UUGUAGUGACCGGUGACCUAAGUUUAUCUUAAAAUUACGAAGUUAAGCACAGUAUUAAUAGUAGGUAUUUAAUAUCAUUUAAACCAGCGAUAUCAGUUCGCUCGGUCGUGCGAGUCGCGUGCGCAUACAACAUAUAACUCGUUUUCUACGACACGUAUCUACGCGCAUAAAUAUAAUGGGUGGUAACUUUUCCGCUAUGGAUCCGAUGGACGUGCCAGUCCCCGAUCUACAGAAAUUAUUGGAACGCGAUGGUUAUUUGAAGCCCUACGAGCGUGAAAUCCGUCGCAGAUACAGCUGUUUCAAAGACCUAUGGGACCGCAUCGAGUCAUGGGAAGGCGGCAUAGAGGGCUUCACGAAGGGCUACAGGUACUUCGGGCCGCAGUACCACCCCAACGGCACCGUCACUUGGCGCGAGUGGGCGCCGGGCGCGCAUUCCUUGCAUCUCCAGGGGGAAUUUAACAACUGGAACAAAACGAGUCAUGCAUUCCGUAAACUCGAGUAUGGCAAAUGGGAGCUCCAAAUCCCUCCCAACCCGGACGGUUCAUGCGCCCUGCGCCACGGCAGUCGCGUGCAGCUCAUCGUGAACGAGCACCUUUACCGCAUGUCGCCGUGGGCCAGCUACGUCAAGCCUCACGAGGGGUUCACUUAUCAACACUUUAUCUACAGGCCUGAGCACCCUUACCAAUUCAAGCACCCUAAAGUGGAACGUCCGGGGUCGCUGCGCAUCUACGAGUGUCACGUGGGCAUCGCCACACCGGAGGGCCGAGUCGGCACCUACAACGAGUUCAGGGAUAACGUGCUACCGAGGAUCAAGAACCAAGGCUACAACGCCAUUCAGCUGAUGGCUAUCAUGGAGCACGCCUAUUACGCAUCUUUCGGAUACCAAGUCACGAGUUUCUUUGCCGCUAGCAGCCGGUACGGCACCCCUUGCGAGCUCAAGCAACUCGUCGACCGCGCGCACGAGAUGGGUCUGUACGUGCUAUUGGACGUGGUCCACUCCCACGCGUCGAAGAACACCCUGGAUGGACUGAACGAGUUUGACGGCACGAACGCGGGCUACUUCCACGACGGACCGAGGGGGACACAUCCUUUGUGGGACAGCAGGCUGUUCAACUAUUCCGAAACUGAGGUGUUGAGGUUCCUGCUGUCAAAUUUGCGGUGGUACCAAGAGGAAUACCAAUUUGAUGGAUUCAGGUUCGACGGCGUAACCUCCAUGCUGUACCACAGCCGCGGCGUCGGCGAGGGGUUCUCCGGCCACUACGACGAGUACUACGGCCUCAACGUGGACACCGAGGCGCUGGUCUACCUCAUGCUGGCCAACGAGCUGGUGCACAACCUGGACAAGCGGGCCAUCACCAUCGCCGAGGACGUAUCCGGCAUGCCAGCGUCCUGCCGGCCGGUCCGCGAAGGCGGCACCGGCUUCGACUACCGCCUCGGCAUGGCCAUCCCCGACAUGUGGAUCAAGAUGCUGAAGGAACAACGAGACGAUGACUGGAAGAUGGGGCACAUUGUUCACACACUCACUAAUCGACGGUGGAUGGAGGGGACUGUGGCUUACGCUGAGAGUCACGACCAGGCGCUAGUCGGAGACAAAACGAUCGCAUUCUGGCUGAUGGACGCGGCCAUGUACACGCACAUGAGCGUACUCAGCGACCCCUCGCCCAUCAUCGAGCGAGGCCUGGCGCUGCACUGCAUGAUCAGGCUCAUCACUCACGCGCUGGGCGGAGAGGCAUACCUCAACUUCAUAGGCAACGAAUUCGGCCACCCCGAGUGGCUGGACUUCCCGCGCGCGGGCAACAACUCCUCGUACCACUACGCGCGCCGCCAGUGGAACCUCGUGGACGACGAACUACUCAAGUACAAGUUCCUCAACCAGUUCGACAGGGACAUGAACCUGUUGGAGGAGAAAUACGGCUGGCUUAAGGCGGACCCGGCCUAUGUGUCGUGCAAGCAUGACGGAGACAAGGUCAUUGCGUUUGAACGCGCUGGGCUGUUAUUCGUGUUCAACUUCCACACGCACCAGAGCUUCACCGACUACCGCGUCGGAGUAAACGACCAGGGAGAUUACAAGGUGGUCCUAUGCUCAGAUAGCAAGCAGUACGGCGGUCACGGACGCAUCGAACUCGGCGGCUCCCACGUAACGCAGGGCAUGGGCUGGGGCAACCGUCGGGACUCCAUACAGAUCUACAUCCCGUGCCGCACCGCCAUCGUAUACGCCCGCCACUGAUAUUGCAAGCUAGAUGUAGGGGCACGAAGUUCUGCCGUAACCCAG